AAGACUACCCAAGCGGUUAGGUUAUAUAAACGAUUUUAAACUUGUUACAAUCUUGACACUGCGUAAGUCAGGAUUUCUUGACAUGAUGUUGGACAAUAAGGCUACAACCUGUCGUUGCCUAAUUACCUACCUUUGGCAAUAUAUCGUAGACGAGUAAGAUUCGAAUUCGCUCUAAGGACAACGUAAACUUUAAAUUAUCAGCAUAACUUGCUCAGUGGUGCUUGGCUCAACAACAACUUGUUAUUUGUGUUCCUUGGCUCUAAUUUCUGGUCAGUAUCAUUGGUCAUUUUAGUUCAUAAGUUUGGCUGCAGUGUAUCAUGACAGCGACGAAGAUUUAGAAAGGCAGCGAGAGCCCAAUAUUGGAGUGUAUAUGUACAGUGAUACUUCAAAGGACUACAAUGAUACUUCAUUAAUGAAAUCAUCUCAUGAACGUGGAGUAGGAAUAAUCAGUAACGGAGUUGGAGUAACCGCGGUUUGCCACAUCUUUAUUUAUGUUGCAGGUUUUUUCAAAUCCACGUAAACAACUUUAUUCACGAAUGAAGCUUAUACCCCGGGCUUUGCUUAGGACGAUAAUAGGAUAUUCAUACUUGUUUACACUCAACAUAUACAUACAUCACUCAGUCAUCAUCAACUCGAAAUAGGCUACAUGUAUUCACAUUGGAAUAACAAAGAACUUAAUAGGCCUACAAGUGUAUGUUAAGAAAUAAGCUCAUAUCAAAAUGGAUUUCCUUAUAGAAGUAUAGAAUACAGACAUAACAAAACAAUGGAAUAAAUAUGAUCAACUUUAAUAUCCUUAAUCUGUAAGUCCGAAUAUAAAGAAUUUGCUAGUAAAUGAGCUCCUUUAACAACCUCGAAACAAAUCGGAUGAAACAAGCAUCACCGUUGUUGACCGCCAAGUGAACAGUGUCGAGAGAUUACAAGGAUUCAUGGACGUAAUUCCUGGACAAUAGCCUUGUUUGCGUGGAUGGAUUAAACUUAUUGGGACAGUACAUUCCGUGUAUAUUUGCAGUAUGUUACUGAUUCACAAACUGAGGGCAUGGGCGAAGUGUCCAGUGAACGUGUAUGCGUAUGCCCUGCGGUGCUUCCUCACUCUACUAACAUUUGUGGGAUUAACAAAUGGGCGUUCUAUAGAAUCAUCAACUUACCGAGGAAAGGCAUUCAUGACAACCACUGUGGUGUCGGGCAAAGUGAUAAAUUGUCAGCCGUCGGGGAACGGAUUCUUCCCAUCUCAAACGUGGAUCUGUUCAAACAUAACGAUAGAUAGGGGGAAGAGACUGGUAUAUGGUUAUUUGGAGGGAUUGAGUCGUGACAAAGAAUGUGGAGACAUUCCCGAUACUGGGGAAAAUGACCUCAGUGCACUAUGUGUUGAGUUGUUAAAAAAGCAUGGAGAGGAGCGACCUCUAUGGGCAGCAUAUGUGUCUAAAGCGUCGUGUAGAAGCACAAAUCAGGAAAGAAUGAUAUUUAGUAAACAAAGAGGAGGCCGUCAUGCCUGGAACUAUAAACGAGCUGGUAAAGGGUAUGUGGAGACGCUACAGUGCAUGAUACUCCCCAGCUAGUUUGUCUACAGUACAUAGUGCUUAUACCAUCAAGUAUUCAUGCUGUGUAUUAAUAUGAGAAAAAUAUGGGACCAAUUCUUGCCAACAACAUGUCUUCACAGUGACAUUUUGACAUGUGUUUUAUUACUGAUUGGCUUCAGUUAUCUCAACUCAGAAUGAAUGGUGAAGGAUCAUUACACGUAUACUG